CGCGACAUCAUCGCAUCCAACCGCCGUUUAAUCAAGACAUCAAAAGACAUACUUUCCUGUAUCGUAUCAACAAACUGACGGGCUUCAUCCAACCAAUCUCACCGCACUGCAUACCCGGUCGCCUUUUAAACUGCGCAGGUAAAAGCACUCGAGCCGUUUCGAGUGCCUAAUUUCUAGUGCAACGUCCGUUUUCUAGCCGUUUACGUUGCAUCAUCCGCUAGGCGACCGACUGGAAGCUGUCUUAAGACAGGAAUACUCCGUAAAUAAAUCCAUGUUCGGGAUCUGCCAUUGACCAAUGGAAGAGAGGCAAUAUCGUGUCUACAUACAUUCGUUCUUUUUUCUUCAGUUGAGACCAACCUACCUGUUGCAUUACGAGACUAGAAUGUUCACUUACUUCAAUAAUUUCUGCAACGUUUCCACUAAGUGAUUCACCAUGGCUUUGAGAAAGGAUUUGCCGAACGAUCCAGAUGGCCAGGACGACGAGCGCAGUCAGAAUGACCUGUCGUAUCGAGCCUGGGACCCUAUCCCUUCUGCCCAAGUAUCUCCGUCGUCACAAGCUACAGCCUCCCAGCCGGAAUUCUCCGACUCUGCUGCACCAGGCUUAAAUCAUGCACCCCCCUCAGGUGUUGUGUGUGAUGAAGUGCCCAACCCUUGGACUCAGGAAUUAGCAUAUCGCCCGGCUACUAGAGAAUUACCGCUUUCGUCACAACCUAGUGAAUUAGAUGAUCAACGAUUGCAAGAAAGCUGGCAGCGUGAAGGAUGCGCAGGAAUACAGGAUUUCUCUCGAGGGGAGCCUGAGAAGGAACAAGAUGGUGCUGCCAUUUUUGAUUCACAGGACAAGCCUUCUACGAGCUCUUCCACCGAAGACGGACGGCAUACUACUAGCCCUGGACAGCUUCGUUCAAACAAUCCUUUCCUGAAGGCUAGACACAACAGUGGUGGCCUGCUAAAACAAUCUAUACCUGGCCUAGACCCAUUUGAAUUUCCGCAAUCCAGUAGCUUGGAUGGCCAUCAAGACGGCGAAUUGGUUACACAUCCGUAUAAUUCAAACGGACCGGAUGGAGAGCUUUCUAAGUCAUCUUUUCACAUACCCUAUGAACACGGCCAUUAUGACCUUGACACUGAACCUGGUCCGCGCGGAGCAGGAAGUUCCAGCCCGUUCCUAGAAGAAGGGAAGGCGCCGUUAGUUUACGGGCCUCCAUCUAUAUUAAUCCAGUCUUCAGACCCAUAUCAUCAUUUAGACAAAGUGGAUCAUAUGGACCAAAAUUUACAACCACCUAGUUCUAGUCAAUCAAAUUCUUCCCGGAACCUUAUAAGUUUCGAGGAAGAAAACGAACCCAACGGAAAUACCACGACGGAUGCACCAUCUAUGAGCAGCGUAAUUGAUGACCAUCCUAAGGACCUGCCAAAUGAGACCCCAUCCAUAUCUGAUGAAUUGGAUUCAUCCACUUCGAUGUCUGUUACUGCUGGAACGUCGCUUGAGCAAGUGAAACCAUCUCUGUCGCAUCUAAGUGAAUCUGGACAGCCGCCCGCCAUAUUGCAGAAAAAGCUAUCUGAAACUUAUGACAUUCGCCAGGUUAACUGGACAGAUGGCACAACUAGUUUGCGUACAUCGCCCGUGCUGGUGCAGAAUGAAAACGGGCCGUGCCCGCUACUAGCCCUCGUCAAUGGGCUUAUGCUGCGGAGCAGAGCAGAUUCCCCGUCGCCCAUUACAAAAGCCCUUCAAUCACGAGAGAAAAUUUCGUUAGGAUUGUUAAUGCAAGCGCUGUUCGAUGAACUUACUUCGUACUUAGAUGGAGCUGACAAGCUUCCGGAUAUCGAAGCUCUGAGUUCCUUUCUUGUUAUGCUACAUACAGGGAUGAAUGUAAAUCCACAGUUGGUAAUGCAAAUUUAUAUGUCCGAUUCGCCUGGAACCUUCCUUGAGACAAACGAUACAAUCCUCUAUAGUAGUUUCAAGUUACCCCUCGUUCACGGCUGGCUUGCAGAGACGUCCUCUGCGGCCUAUGCUGCGCUAAACCGUGUAGCUCAAAACCAUGAAGAUAUACAGUUGCUCCACUUUCGAAAAGAGGAGCUGGAAAGCCGCGUUUUCCGUGGACAGCUUCUGACGACUGACGAGGAGAAGUUAAUAGAAGAUAUCGACACAAUCCAACACUUCGUUGACGUUGAAAACGCUACUCAGCUAAGCGCCUUUGGUCUCGAGCACCUUCAGAGAUGCCUAAAACCCGGAUCCAUUUCAAUUCUCUUCCGAAAUGAUCAUUUCUCUACGCUUUUCAAACAUCCGCUUUCGAACCAACUGUUCACUCUUGUAACCGAUGCCGGAUAUGCCAACCAUGCAGAAAUUGUGUGGGAAAGUCUAGUCGAUGUCAACGGAAGUAAUGCUACUUUUUUUUCAGGAGAUUUUCGUCCUGUUGGAAAUUUUUCUCCAUCUAUAGCUGGACCUCAACAUCCUAGCCAAAACGAUCUUGCGAUCUCAAGCGGGUUAACACAUAGAAACAAUCAGAUGGGACUACCGGAAGGCAAUUAAACAACACAGAACAAACAGACGCAGACUAUGCCUUUGCUUUGGCUCUUCAGUUUCAAGACGAGGAAGAACAACGGCGUACAAAUCCACGCAAUCAAGCGCAAAUCCAGACACCACAGUUGCGAACGUCGCAAUCUCAGGGGGUUAUACAUCACUCUAGCAACAGGCCGAACUUUAACCAUCGACAGUCAGCGUCGUCCACCGGCCGUCGCGCACCCCAGCAAACGCAAGAAGUUCGAUCACUCGUACCGCCACCCAGGACUUCAGUGGCUGACCCUAGCGCUGACGCUCCACCUCCAACGUACGAGCAGGCAGCCAACAGUCCAGUGUACACUCCUCCCUCAGACCACUCCCAGUAUGAUGGCUCUCAGAACAGCAACACUAGCAUAGCUGGACCGAGAUCCUCAAGUUAUGGACUCAAUAAUACUGGACCCAAUCGUGUCCACGAUGGCCACAGACGUGUCCAUGCAUUGUCCAACCCCUCUCUUCCGCCCCGUCCUCGUGAUAGGGAUAGAAACAAAGAUUGUACGGUUAUGUGACAAAUAAAGUUUUCUCGGGCAUUUGAAAUUUCACCUUCCUCCAAACGCACUUUCAAGCGAUUCAAACAAAUCUCGUCUUCUGUUUCAUUUUUCGAUUUCACCAUUCCUUUUUGCGUUUUGAUUCCAGGGACUCGCAGCUUACUGGGUUAUGUCAAUUGUACCUGUCCGUUACUGUUCAGUUGUGUGUUUUAUGUUUUAUGUUUUACGAUAUCAUCAAAUGUUUCUCUGUUUUUAUUCCCCAUGUUUUGCUUCUUAUACCUCCCUGGUCAUUUUGCGGCGUUAUAUCCUUGCUAUCUCUUUCUCUCGAAUGACGUUUUGGUCAUUGAUCCCCAGAUUUAUCUGCACAGCUCACUAAUUGCUGCUUGUAUUUAAGCGGGUGGCUAUUAUGACUUUGUUGCUGAGGAUGAAAUGUAAAUCUUCUUCGAAACCCAUUUUUCAACCUGAAGCAUUGAGUAAUUCACCUGACAAGGAAUAUUCUACAUGUUCAAGAUUCUGGAACGGUAUGCAGAAAUCGCCGGUGGCUGUCCCCGCAUAAUGAAAUGUGAAUGACCGGGGUCGAUAUUGCGCAUGCUGUAGGUACAUGUACUGUUAAGGAAUGAACGGGUACUGCUCGUAAGGGGAUGAAUAUUCUGCAGUUGGCUGUGCUGUUCCGCUGGGAAGUAGUGUUCACUCCUUACACUGAAUCACAACUGAGGCUUAGUACUAAAAUUGACACACUAUCAUCGGUCAGCUGGGGGUUAUAUAAUGGAAUAUAUCGAGCCGCCAUGUAAUAUUUUAAUUCUAAUAAUGGACAUGAAGGAUUGAGUACCAGGGCUCUUUGAUGAUGACAAUGAACAAUUCCGCUCUGGUUCAUCCGCUCUGGUUCAAAAACAAAGCGUGGGCGUACGCCUGCCUGCCUUAUUUACUCAUGCUGCCUACAACUGGAGGGCUGGCUUGAUCCUGAAUAUAGUUUAAUGGAAUCGUUGCGCCAAUAAGGAAAAGUCCAUGCAAUUAACCUUCUGUUGUUCGAGGCUCAUACCAAUAAAUUCAAUACUUAUGCUAGAAGGUAGAAAACACACAGAAACGACCGAAAACAUGAUAUAAUGGGUGUAAUAAUGCAGGGGAGAAAAUGAAAAAUGUAAAUUGAAGGUAACACGUUUCACGUCCCGCCUCCCCCAGACUGAUUUUACAAACAGGGGGGCGGACAUGAAAAAGAAAAAGAAAUAAGAAAUGAGAAUGAAAUUAGCGAAUGAAAUGCUUAGGCAACAAAACAUGUAUGCACAGAAACGGG